UCGUCUUCUUCCUGUGUUCGCCUCUCUCGCGCCCUUUGACGCUGCCGCUAAGCUCACCUCAUCGUUGUUAUUGUGUUAUUAUUGUACUCGUCCGUGUCGAUACAGGGUCGUGAUUGAUAUCGGUUUAAACCGCAAGUCAUGACGGAGACAUCCAAGUUGGCUCGGCAGCUGAUCGUGCCUAACUUCGACCCCCAGGAGUAUGUGAAGGCUCUGUCUCAGCAGUCGGACGCUGACCGUGAUCUUCAGGAACAUCGGCAGAGGAUCCAAAACCUCGCGGAUGAAACUGCCCUCAAUCUGAAGAAAAAUGUCUACAAGAAUUACCACCAGUUCAUUGAGACCGCCAAGGAGAUCUCUUACCUGGAGAGUGAGAUGUACCAGCUCAGCCACAUCCUGACAGAGCAGAAGACCAUUAUGGAGAGCAUCACACAGCUCCUGCUAUCCACCGAUAAGGAGGAAGCAGCCAAAGAGAAGCCAACUGCUUUUCCCAAAGAGACCGAGGAGGUGAAACAAAGGACCCUUACCACCCUUCUGGAGAAGGUUGAGGGUUGUAAGGACAUCAUGGAGACGCCCGGCCGGUACCUGGUGUACAACGGGGACCUGGUGGAGUACGACGCCGAGACCAUGAGCCAGAUCCAGAGGGUGCACGCAUUCCUCAUGAACGACUGCCUCCUCAUCGCCACAUGGCUGCCCAACAGGCGUGGAGCUGUCCGCUACCGCUACCACUCCCUCUACCAGCUUGGAGACCUGGCCAUCAUCAACGUCAAGGAUAAUGGACCCAUGAAGGACAUGUUCAAGGUGAUGAAAUACCCGGAUUGCCGCAUAUUUCAAGCAGAAAACAUCAAAAUAAAGAAAGAGUGGCUGGAUAUCCUCGACGAGACCAAGAAGAGCAAAGCUGCGAGUGACAAGCUGAAAAAGGAGGAGGAGAGGCCCAUGUCUCCAAAAACCCCUGACUCGCCAGCGAACCCCUUCGAAGUUGACGAGCCGGCGGAGAGUCCAACGCAGGAGGAGGCAGUGAACCUAUCCCUUGAGUGGAUUCAGGAGCUGCCUGAAGACCUGGACGUGUGCAUCGCCCAGCGCGACUUUGAGGGGGCGGUCGACCUCCUGGAUAAACUUAAAGCGUAUUUGAAAGACAAGCCCACCACUCUGCCUGUAAAACAGCUCAGGGCGAAGGUUGAGGAGCGGGUGAAACAGCUGACAGACGUGCUGGUGUUUGAACUGUCGCCCGACCGAUCACUGAGGGGUGGCCCGAGGGCAACACGGCGCGCUGUCUGCCAGCUCAUCCGCCUCGGCCAGUCAACUAAGGCGUGCGAGCUCUUCCUAAAGAACCGCGAGGCUGCGGUGCACACGGCGACGCGGCAGCUGCGCAUCGAGGGCUCCACACUGCUCUACAUCAACAAGCUCUGUAACGUGUUCUUCACCAGCCUGCUGGACACGGCACGCGAGUUCGAGCGGGAUUUCGCUGCCGACUCCGGCUGCUACUCGUCUUUUGUGGUGUGGUCACGCUCUGCGAUGAAGAUGUUCGCUGGGGCGUUCUGCAAACAGGUGUUUGACAGCAAGGAGAGCCUCUCCACUGUAGCUGAGUGCGUGGCCGUGGCUAAGAGGCAUUGCGAAAAGCUCAGUGAGAUUGGGUUGGAUCUCACCUUCACACUGCAGUCUCUGCUGUUCAAGGACAUGAAGGCUGCCCUUCAAAGCUACAAGGACAUCAUCAUUGAGGCGACCAAGCACCGAAACUCUGAGGAAAUGUGGAGGCAGAUGAACUUGAUGACUCCACAAGCCCUGCAGAAACUGAAGGAUGAAAUGAUGUCCAGUGGCAUCUCGAACUUCUCCCAGUACACAGGCCAAGACUGCUGGGUCAAUCUCAGCUACACUAUCGUGGCGUUCACCAAACAGCUGUUGUCCUUCUUGGAGGAUGGACUCAAACUCUACAUGGCCGAACUGCACAUGGUCCUGGUGGAUGGUCUGAUCGAGAUCAUCCUGGUGGCCGUGCAGCAUGUGGACUACAGCCUGCGCUGCGAGCAGGACCCCGAGAAGAAGAAGUUCAUUCGCCACAACGCCUCCUUCCUCCUGGAGACGAUCCUACCCCACAUCGAGCACCGUUUUGAGGAAGGGGCCAGGAAGCCAGCUCGUCAGCUGGCCGAACUCAGGAAGGAUAUGACCAAGGCCGGCUCAAAGCCUCGUGUUAACCCAGAGAGCCUCAACUCUCUCGUGUGACCAGUAAGGAGACAGUGGGGCUUCCAGCCAAGCAGCUGCUGGAGCUGCACAAGGAAAUGUUGAAGCUCCCGUCCUUCCAGAACGUCAACCCAAGUAGCACAACGUCGGAUGUGUGAGGAACUCGCCGGCUGAUGCCAUCAGGUGGUUGAAGGAGCGGUUUGGUCGCUGUAAUUCUUAACUCCAGUCCAUCCUGCCCACUGUUCCAUUUAUCUGCAUUUGCUGAGCAACAGUCGUGUAAUGUUACACUUUACUUUGUAUACUCGGGACCUGUAAGAGCAUAACUCUGGGCUGGAGUUUUGUAGUCCCUGAAGUACUGUAAAUUAAGAAAUGCUCAAUUUAUUUAUCGCAUACCCAAGAAAUAGAAAUGUGCACUUGUAGUCACCCGAGCAGGAGCAGUGUGACCUGCUUUGGUUCAACACUGAUAGGUUUUGGGAACCUAGCCAUGGGUCUAAACAAAACGUAGAAAAUACAUGUUUGCGAUAGAAAUCAAAUGCUGACGUAGAGAGGUUAUUCUCAGAGUUGCAGUUCUUGUCAUCUCUCCCAAUGAUAUUUUUGCUGCGUUUUAUGCCGACCAAUUCAGUAUAAAUGUGUAUUGGUAUUAAGCUGUAUUAUACAUCAUUUGAGCAUAUUGAUUGGUAAACAUUGAAAGUUGAGCUGAACAUCCACCAGUUGUUUCUACCUUUUCAUGCUUGUGUCUUUUUAGCCACGUUAGUUUGCAAGUUUAUCCCAAUCACAAAUGCUAGUUUCAACAUCACCUUCGUUACCGUCUCUCUAGCAUGGCCAUGUGUACAUUUGUUUCCCAUUGGCCACAAUGGAUAAAUGAUGACUGGUAUGCAAUUCCCACUCUGUCUGUUUGCCUUGUCCACACAUUUGGUGUGCACUCUCUGGUAGCCACUCUUUCUGUUGCUUUCGGAGUGGCAGGUGACAGUGAGGCUAUGAUCGCUGAUAUUUUCAGUUCACGCCCUCAAAAAGCAAACUAGUGUUGGUGGAAUUGAUGUUUUAUCGCUUUUUCUGUCCUGCUCUUGCCCGGUCUGCUUUUGGCUCUCGCGUUCUAAGAGGAAUGACCAGAAGAAAGCUUUUGAAAAGAGUGUCGAAUGAUAUUGGUAUGUGCUGCCGAUUUUCAGAUUGAUCAAAAAUAUGAAAAUGGUGCCUUGAGUACGAAAUUUUGAACGAUCCAAAUUACGUAUUAUUCGGAUUGCUUCAAAAACUGGAAGUGACAAUAAUAACGUUACUGUACUUUCGCUCCCUGCCAAAAGUGAUGUCAUGUGGCACAAGAACAUUUGACAUUGGUAGAUAAUGUAAACGAUAAAAAAUAAUCUGAAAACAUCCCAAAAUUGCCAUUUAUAAUUUGAAAUAAAAAAAAACACGUAAGCACUUUUAAUUUGAAAAGUGGACCGUUUUAUAAUAUACGGCACCUCCGAUUAGCACGGUGGGCUACGUGCGGUGGAAAUAAGUUCAUCAAACAUGGUUCACUCCUCAAGUUACAUUUCACGUUGCUUCAACACUCACGCUCAUUGUAUUCUUCAUGCAAAUGUCAUGAUUGGAAAGUUUUACGGGAACGUUCUUGCCAUUUUAUGCUUGAUGUCCCAUGUGUUGCACUGACUUUAACAAUUACAUUACAGGUUUCGUAGAACUGUGCUUGUAUAUUGUGUGUAAACUUCCAAUACAUCAUGUAAUGUAGUUGCACUGAUAUGUCUUAACAUUUUAAUGAGUUCUGCACACGCAAAUUAUAACCUAAGUUAACACUGAAAAUGAACACGUGUAAUUUGUUAUUGCUAAAUAAAAAUGUAAACCACU